AUGGGAGUUUUGGGAUUAACGCCUUUCAUUCAGAAAACUUGUCCAGAAGUUAUCAAACGCCUUCCAGACCGUCUGCAGGGGUUUUCUGGUAAGAAAAUCGUAUUAGACGGAACGCUUCUCACUCAACGAUUUCAUUUUGCCCAAAUACCUCAUCCUCGCAGGCAUGUACUCGGCUGGUAUAGAUUAAUCAAGGAACUAGAACAAUAUAGCGUUGAGGCGAUCUGUGUAUUCGAUGGAAAGGGUCGGAAUCUUGCGAAAGCCCAAGAGGCUUUGCGAAGGAAAAAUGCUCAACGACUCGCAGCUGCCCGCGCUGUAAUUGAGAAUGAACGAUUGUCGCGUCUCAACCGGAUCUCAAGUGCAGUACGCAAUAUUGCAAAGCAUGCGUCAUAUGGCACGACAUCCGUAGAGGUGGAAGAGGCACUUCGUACAGAGUCUUCGGUCGUGGCUGGUUUUCCUUCCAUGGCGUCCUCUGAACAGUUUUCGGAAUUACCCCCAGAAUCAUCAUCUCGAUCGAAACCCUUCGUGGAAGACAACAUAAUCCCCUCUAGCUCCAAAACUUCGACCGUAGACGACAUCUUGUCGACCUUGACACCACUGUUCCUUGAAUACCAGGAUAGCCUCGUCAAAGUAGCUUCCAAUCCCAUGCAUGCUGCGAAAGCAUCUAUUUCACAUCCAGAUACUGACAUCUCCACGGACUCCGACGACGCAGUAGUGAACGGGGCCGAACUCGAAGCGGGUGCGGCGCAAGAAGUCUACGAGAUGUCCAAGAGGCAAUGCCAGCUGACACUUCAAGAGGGAGAAUUCUGGGAUAGCCUCACAUCAACACUUGGCUCAGAGCCUCAACUCGCGCCGGUGGAGCUACACUCGCACUAUGAAGGUGAAGCUCACCGUAAGAUGCUGCAGGAGCUCACCCACAAAAGUAAUUUAAUUUCGGAGUCGUAUCGAAUUAGUACACAUCCUCCAACUAGUCAAACAUAUGCGGAGUCCAAAGAAAUAUUACAGGCGAUGGGUGUUCCGUGCAUUGAUUGUGACGGUCCCUUCGAAGCUGAGGCUCUCGCAUCUUCCUUGGUAUUGAACGGAUAUGCGGACUACGUUGCUAGUGAGGAUACGGAUGUCAUCAUCUACGAAGCGCCCCUCAUUCGCAACAUCACUAGUCGUCACCAACCCCUCCUCGUUAUCUCCGGCGCCGAACUACGCACAAUGCUCAACCUCACUCGAUCCAUGUUUGUAGACUUUGCACUUCUCUUGGGAACUGAUUUUUCCCAACGUAUUCAUCAAGUGGGACCUACACGCGCUCUUGAUUUUAUCCGUGCACAUGGGUCGAUUGAAAAGGUUAUUGAGGCGGAGACGCGCUUCAAGCCGAAGGUGUCCAGGGAAGAUUACUUGAAGCAGGUGAAUAUGGCGAGGAAGGUUUUCCAGACGUUACCUCCUAUACCCGAGGACGCGGUAGUGAAGUCGAGAGAUGGUGAUGCGGGGCAGGUCUUGUUUAUAAUGGGAAAGUAUGGGCUUUCUAGAGAAAUUGAUUGUGAUUCGGAGGAUGCACUUAGAGGUAACUAUUUUGAUGAUAACCCUAGUCAAUUGUAA